CUGCUGCGUGGCGCGAAUUACGCACAGCGAAAGAACAUUCUGUGAAAUAGGCUCCACAAGUCUGACAGCCGUCAGCUAGGAGUUUCUCCAUGCAUCCCGUAAAAUAUCCAUCCUCACAUAACGGACGCACAUAACACAAUUGGACGCAAACGAAAUCUCCAGACCAGAAACUAAACGAAAACUUAGACAAGCAACUUUGGACUUUUAGGUGUUAAGUGACAUUUAAAAAAACAACGUGUUUUCUGCCUUCGGAAUCUCGGAAAUACUUUUGCGUCUAUCUUGUGGUGGAUGGAUUUUAAUUUUGCCCAUGGGCCAGGGCGGGAAAUGAGCUACGGUGGGCUCGGGGGUUACAGAGGCGUAACAACAGGACCGAAAGGUAAGGCCACACAGUGCGACGGGGCUGAGACCCUCUGAUGAGCUGAUAGCCGCCCCUCCGCACCGUCCCAGGUCCCCUCCCCUCCCACCUGUGGGAUGUCCCAGGUGUCUGCGCAAUUGGUCCUGCUUACACUGCUUACACGCAGCAUCGUACAGGUCUCCUGCACCAACUCCCUGGAAGUGUUGAAGGAGAGAUGGGCGAUCUACAGGAACCAGUGUCUGGACCACCUGGGCACCACUCCCCCGGCCUCUGAGCUGGUCUGUAACAGGACCUUCGACCAGUAUGCCUGCUGGCCCGAUGGUGUCCCUGGAACCGCUGUCAACAUAUCCUGCCCAUGGUUCCUCCCCUGGUUCAGCCAAGUUCAGCAGGGUCUGGUGUACCGGGCUUGCGGUGCUGAUGGUCGCUGGUCACCAAAGAACACCAGCGAGUGCGAGGACGACCCGGCUCAGCAGCAGUAUGGACGCAUCUUGGGCCAGUUCCGGGUCAUGUACACCGUGGGAUACUCCCUCUCUCUGGGGGCCCUCAUACUGGCCCUGGGAAUACUCAUCACAUUCAGGAAGCUGCACUGUAUAAGGAACAACAUUCACGUGAACCUCUUCUCCUCCUUUAUCCUGAGAGCGGCGUCCAUCCUGCUCAAAGACGCUCUGCUGGACACUCUGGUCCUCGCCUCACACCCCCGGAGUGCCACCCAUCGCCAGCCAGAGGCAUGGGCCCGCGUGCCGGUGGUGGUGUGGUGCCGCAGUGCUGUGGUGAUGAUGCAGUACAGUGUGAUGGCCAACAACUACUGGCUGCUGGUGGAGGGUCUCUACCUCCACAGCCUGCUGGUCACCACCGUGUUCAGCGAGAGGAACUACUUCUACAUCUAUCUGGCUAUCGGCUGGGGUGCGCCCCUCGCAUUUGUGUUGCCGUGGGCGACGGUGAAAUAUUUGUAUGAGAAUGAGGAGUGCUGGGAGAGGAACAUCAACAUGGGCUACUGGUGGAUAAUACGCUGCCCCAUUCUGUUUGCAUAUCUGAUCAAUUUCUUUAUUUUCAUCCGGAUUAUCCAAAUCUUGAUGUCCAAACUCAAGGCUCAUCAGAUGAGAUACACAGACUACAAGUUCAGACUGGCAAAGUCUACUCUCACCCUGAUCCCCCUGCUGGGUAUCCACGCCAUCCUCUUCACCUUCGUCAUCGACGAGUCAGUCCCCAAGGGCUCCAUGCUGCGCCUCAUACGCCUCUUCUGUGACCUCCUGUUCAACUCCUUCCAGGGGCUGCUGGUGGCCAUCUUGUACUGUUUUGUCAACAAAGAGGUGCAGUCAGAGAUGCUGAAGAAGUGGAAGAGGUGGAAGCUGGGGAAGGACAUCGACGAGGAGUACCGCCACACCCACAGCCACACCCCGCACCCCAAGAGCACCCUCCAAGACCCCCUCCAACAACAACUGCAACAACAACAACAACAACAACAACAAGGCAACAACCUAGCCACUGCCCCAGUCCCACCCCUAGCCCCGCCCCCCGGCACCACAGACGGUGGCCCCUGGACGGCGUGUUACCUCAGGGCCAACGCAACGGGGCCCCCUGUGUCCGCCGCCGUCCCCCGGGAGAAGCGCCGCUUGGUGGUCGCCUACGCCGAGGGGCGGGGCAACACUGGCACCAGCAUCACCACCACCACCACCACCACCUCCUCCAGCACCAUCACCCACGAGCUGCUGUGUCUGGAAGAGAGGGGACAGGACCACCGGCCGGCCACCCGCACCGGCCAGCCCGGGGGCCUGUGAUCCCGCCACCAGGGGCACUGCCCGGAGACAAACUCACAGCAUCCACCCGGUGUCUCUGGUCGUGGCGUCGAGCACAAGCGUGGGCCCCCCCCCCCCCCGCCCCACAGAGGA